UCAGGAGUGUUCGUCUGCUGGGUGUUUGUGGUAGGGCCAAGUUCAAGCGGAAAGCCUCAUGACAGGGAGCAUGUUUGCCGGAAGCAUCCUCCUGACACAACUUUUACCGGCCGGUUCGUCCAAAAGCGGGUCGCCGGACCUCAACCUCAGCGUUCGUGUUCCGAUCGAAAAUGGCGAAUGCUUCUUUUACUAUCUGCAAGUCAAAUCAUCAUUCGUUCGAGACUAGCAGUCUAGCGCUAGCUCUAUUUAUAAGGGGAUUAAGGGUGCUGUUAGCUUCGCAUUACACAGAUCCUCUGCACUCCACCCACACAAAUCCAAGGCCCUAGUCUCCUACACGCUGAUAGACAGAAGCUAGAACACACAGUCCUAAGCUUCUGUAGAGACACAGCCGAACAGAGCAGCAGCAGAAAUGGAGCUCGCCGUGGCGCAGGUGCAGCCGCGGUACAUCGUCUUGGACCUCUCCGGCGGGGGCCUCCGACGACGCCUCGGUCCACCACCCCCGGCAGCCGGCGUUCCGCCUGACGCCCCGGCCAUGGCGGCCCUGGAGGCGCAUCACCGGACACGGCGAUCUGGCGCCGAAGACGACCUCGCAACGAGCCGGCCAAUGAUCCAGUCAGGCGCGGUGAUGGCCCGGAGCGUUCAUGCGGAAACCACCGGCGCUGACGCAGACGCCGUGUCUGGCGCAGGCACGUCUGGUUCGGAGGCGGCAGAGGAGGAGUCCGGAGACGAGGCGGAUAGCUUCGACGCGUCCUUCUGCCAAGAGGGCUUUGCGAGAAAGAUCGAGGCGCUGGCUGAGCUGGUAGGUAUGGACGGCGCCUGCGAACCUGUGGCUGUGCUGAGCGAAGUUGUUAGGGUGCUCCGGUCGAUCGAUACACACAGACACAGUGAGUACAUCCCGUGUGCGAGCGACUAGGGGCCAUCUGAUGUAAUCUUUGUUUUGUAAUUUUGCUUUCCGAGACGGAGUGCGCGCGCUAAAGCUGCAUAAUGUUUUCCGUUUCUUAGUUUUUACUGAAGAGUAAGCAUCGUUCCCUCCCCGUCAAAUAAAGACACGGGAAAACACUGAGGGCCUGUUUGACACUAAGAUUUAUUUACAGUCCCAAUUAGGAGUGGUAAUGGAUCGCGAUCUAAAUAUUUCUUCACAAUUUGUUAGGAUCUUAUAUGGCUCGAUCCUAAUUCGAUCUUAUCCUUACAUUGUAUAAUGUAAAAUUUAGAGUCUAUUGUCACCUCUAGUUCCAAUACGGUACAAUGAUAUUUGAGAA